CAGAGUAGAAAAGUCCCCCUCCCCCUUUUUUGUCCUUUUCCUUCUUCUUUUUCUUCUUCUUUUUCUCUCUCACCAAAGUGCUCACUGUCUCUCACAUAAGACUCAGGAGCCUCUCCAGUUUGGAACGCAAUACCACAUUUCCCACAAUACUUACCGUUGACGUCCUCAUCUGCAUUCUCUAUUAAUAGGUGUAUGAAUCAAUGGAAAGGGAAUAUGCCUGGAAGUGUGAGGCUAGUGAAAGAAAGCAGAACGUCUGUUUUCGUUGUUGUUGUUUGUUUAUUUGUUUGUUUGUUUUUUAACUAACGGUUUCUCGGGCGGGUCUCGGGGGUUUCUUGUGCCUAGUCCAAGUUGGUGUGGAACUCGGCCGGCAACACACAGCCCCUGCMGGUUCUAGCUGCCCAGAGUGAGGCGAAGGACUCGUGGCAGAAAGGAUCUGCAGAAAGGCAGAGCGAUGAGGUGUUCUUGCUUGGUAAGGGCGAAGUGUAAGAGCCAGGGAGAUAACGCCAGGGUACCAGGCUGCUCCACAGUAGUCGGGUGAGACCUGGAGUUUCGCAUUUGUAGAUCCUCCUCUGAGGUACAGCAUUUGGAUCUGGUCCUCGGCUCUGGAGAGGCGAUUCCCAUGGUUCAGUAGCUCGAGAAAUGGGUUUAGUACUUGUCAAGCACUUGGAACCGGGCACCACAGAACUCGAGUCCUUUGCGAGCUAGUUGAGGACUACAUUUCCCAGGAGGCUUUGCAAUGAUUGACGGCUAAUUGCCCAAUAACUCAGGAGAAUUUCAAGUUGUGGUAACAGAGAAACCAAUGGAGAGAGCCAGGGCCGGUGUUUUCCGGCUGCUGGCUGUGGAACCCUGAGUCCCACCUGUGUCCUUACAGCCCUGACACGAAUCCCAGUCAGGUUCUGGAAGGACCUGCUCAGUUUUGCCGGCUGGGUGCGGCUCGGCGGCGGACUCCUGCUUCCUGCUCCAUCCCCGGCUGGGCCUGGGGCGGUGAGUGAUCCAGGGAGGGAGUCUGAGGCGACACCUCACCAGCUGCUGAGGGGCGUGGAGGGGGGCUCGCCUGCCUCCCCGACGUUGUCCACGCCAGGUCCAGGCUCUCACCCUGUAGGAGCCCCGGCUCUUGCUGAGCUGUGGGAAGAUGCAGUUUUUAUACCACCCUCGGAACUGAUGACCCUCAAUGAUGUGGCUGGGGACUUCAGGGAAGAGUGGGUUACCUGGACACUGCUUAAAGAAUUCUCUUCAGGGAUUCCACCCAGGACAGUUAGAAGAAUGGGCUCUCAAAGGGAUUUCUAGACCAAGUGUAAUCUCCCAGCUGGAGCAGACACCAUGGGUUCUACCACUCCAAAACUUUGAAACAAUGACAAUCCUAAGGAAAAGUCACACAGACUUUGACCAUCAGGUGGCAAAACUCAGUCAGGACAUUUCUGAAACAACAGAACAAUGUGGAACAUCCUCAGAAAGGACCAAUAAAAAUAUUUCUCAUGUUCCUAAUUGGGGAGGAAACUGGGACAGGGCCCUUGAAGUAGGAGGGCAACACAGAAUGUUUCUAGGAGAGGGCCAGCAGGAGCCCUUUGCACAGGCCAGGGAUUUAAACAAGUUCCUGUGUGGAUAUGUAGGAAAGAAGCCUAUGUGUGCAGAAUGUGGGAAAAGCUUUAACCAGAGUUCUUAUCUCAUAAGACACCUAAGAACCCAUACUGGUGAGAGACCUUAUAAAUGCAUCGAGUGUGGGAAAGGCUUCAAACAGAGCUCAGACCUCGUCACUCAUCGCAGAACACACACAGGAGAGAAGCCCUACCAAUGCAGCAAGUGUGAGAAAAAAUUCAGCGACAGCUCAACUCUCAUCAAACAUCAGAGAACCCACACAGGGGAGAGACCUUAUGGGUGCCCAGAGUGUGGGAAGACUUUUGGACGGAAGCCACACCUCACAAUGCACCAAAGAACCCACACAGGAGAAAAGCCCUACACAUGCCUCGAAUGUCAUAAAAGCUUCAGUCGAAGCUCAAAUUUCAUCACCCACCAGAGGAUUCACACAGGCGUGAAGCCUUACAGGUGUAACGACUGUGGGGACAGUUUUAGCCAGAGCUCAGAUUUGAUUAAGCACCAACGAACCCACACAGGAGAACGGCCUUUUAAAUGCCCAGAGUGUAGGAAGGGCUUCAGAGACAGUUCUCAUUUUGUAGCACACAUGAGUACUCACUCAGGAGAAAGGCCUUUCAGUUGUCCCGAGUGCCACAAAAGUUUCAGUCAGAGUUCCCAUCUGGUUACACACCAGAGGACACAUACCGGUGAGAGACCUUUUAAGUGCAACGACUGUGGGAAGGGAUUUGCUGAUAGCUCUGCCCUCAUUAAGCACCAACGAAUCCACACAGGAGAAAGACCCUACAAAUGUGGUGAGUGCGGAAAGAGCUUCAAUCAGAGCUCCCAUUUCACUACCCACCAACGCAUUCACAUAGGAGACAGACCCUACCCCUGUCCCGAAUGUGGCAAGACCUUCAACCAGCGUUCCCAUUUUCUCACGCACCAGAGAACACAUACAGGAGAAAAACCAUUUCACUGUAGUAAAUGUGAUAAGAGCUUCCGGCAGAAAGCUCAUCUCUUAUGCCAUCAAAACACCCAUUUGAUUUAGGAAAUAGUCUUUAGUGGUUCUGCUAUUGCUUUUCAAAUUUCCAUUGCUACUGUCUUCAGAUACCCCAAAUAGAGAAAACCUGGGCAUUGGUGACUCAAAUGAGACCCUAAUCUGUUUUCUUUCUUAUUCUGUGUUACAAUGAAGAGGAUAAACUUACAGGGUCCAAAUAAUGUUCUGAACACAAAAGACAUUACUUCAGUGUAUGUAACUCACCCUUAGGGAAAUAUGUGUUUAAAUGAUUAAUGUCUGGUUACUAGAGGUGAAAGGAAUGUGGCCUAGAGUUCUCAUGUAAACCAUCUGGUACAGUGCCUGUCACAAAGUAGGUGCUCAAUGAUUAAUAUUUGAGAUCUUGGGCUGUGGGUAUAGUCUGUCUAUGAGGCCUCUGAAUUUGAUCCCCAGCACUGCUAAAAAAACAAAAACAAAAAAAAAAUAUUUUUCGAGUUCUUAUAUAAAGUCCUUAAAAGCAGUGUCUGGGCCUUAAAAGAUAUUCAAUAUAAUAUAUAUAAUAUAGUCUAUAACUCAAUAAGAAAUUUAUAGUUCAAGCACUCUAGUUCAGAACUUACAAGGUCUGGGGUCUGAACACCUAAAUUAAUAAAAUGGAAACGCUCUCUUACUAGUGCUAUGCAGGCUUUAGUCACCAGAUGUCUCAUCACCAUGACAAGGCAGAAUUACCAUAGAGGAUGUUUGUGGUUUUGUGACAUAGAGGCUAAAAGAAUCUCAGAUCUCUUUGUAGGACAGUGUGUGAGAUUUUUCCACUGUAGGUUUGCUGUCAUUUGAGGCAUAGAAAAUGAUGAACAAGCCAUAAGGACCUGGAGGAAGACCGUAAAACUGUGGAAGCAAAAUUGCUGAAAAUGUCAAAUGAUAUUACAGGAAUCCUUCCUGGCAUUUAACUAAAGGAAGCAAUCUUGUUUUCUAAUUUGCUGGGUCAUUGUGUCCCUUUACUUUUAAGUUAAUGCAACUCUCUGACCCUUGUAGGGCCAUUCAUUUUAUGCACUAGAACAUUCCUAUAUUUAAUUGAAAUAAAUCAAGGGAAGUCAGGUUAUUGGAAAGAACACUGACUUCAUUGAGAAGGUAAAGUGUUGGGGUCCUAGCCCUGGCCCUUAAAUUUGCUAGACUUUUAUCUCCUCUCAGGCCUGAGUGAUACUUAACCUUACCUUCUGCCCAAGGUUUUAUUUAUCUAAAAUACAUGCGGGUUCGUGUGCACACACACACACACACACACACACACACAUACACAUUUUGUUGUUGAAUUAUAAAUGUAAUAUCUCUAGAGUUUCUUGUUAAACUACUAUUACUAAUGUCUUUUUUUCCCCCAGGAAAUUCUGGCUAUGUCUCCAGGUGUGUCCCUCAGUCUUAUAAUGAGGAACUUUUUAAAAAAUCUAUUGGAAAACUAAGGUGCAAAAAUGCUAAAUGACAUGACUCAUUAGUUCACAUGGUUAUAAAAGAGCCAGUUCUGGUUCCUGGUGACUAAGUUUCCAAUCUGCAGUUCUUUCUCUUCAACAACAUGGACCAGACCAGGUCUAGGAUUUGUUAGUGCCUCUGGGACAUGGAACUGGAGGAACCAUAUUCCAUCCAUUAAGCACUGUGGAUUUAGAAAUGACUGAGGGAUGUAGUCCAAUUCUGAGGGAGUUUUAAAGGAUCCUAGGCUGGGGUCUUUGAUUCUGAUGGAAUAAGAAUGGAGGGCUAAGGGUGCAAUGAGCU